CAACUCUAUGGCAUCAUGGAUGAUAUCUGUAAACUGGUAGAUACCAUUCCACUUCAUGAGCUUAAGUUUCUGUCCUGUGCAAAAGAACUUCUCCAGCAGAGAGAUCUCAGGAGAAAAUUGCUAUCUAAUUCUGUCACUUUGAACAAAAGUAGCAUAAACAACACUUCUCCUAGAAACUGUAAGGCAUGUGUGGACCAGGGCCCUCUUGUGUGUCCUGGCCCGAACUGGAGCUUCAGUUCUGACAGGAACUCACCAAAAUCCACAAACGUCCCAUCUAUGCUUUCUGGGACUGUUAAUUCAAACAAAUUUUCUACCAAAAAAAAUCAAACCUUGGAUGCCUCUUACGCUUCAAAGCGAAGUAUUGAGGAGAUCACCUGCCCAGAAACUACAGCACUGUCUUCUUCCAAGGUAAAUGGCAAAGAGGGAGCUUCUCUCAGCCUCUGUUCUGAGAUGUCCUUGGACAGCAGCUGCUGUGAAAAACCAGGGGUGAGAAACAGUGGAAACCAGCAUCUGCUGGAGAGGCCUCUGACAAGCACAGCUCUGAAAGGUCAGAGCAAAGCUCCUACUGGCAUUCCUGCAGAAGACAGUUUAGGUAUAAAUGAUACAGGCUUUGACCUUGAUCACUUUGAUAUUGAUGAUUUUGAUGAGGACUGGGAGAAUUCGGUGAAUGUUUCGGUACCUGAGACACCAUCUACACCGUCGUAUCAGCCUGUCAGGGAAGGGCCACCUGCCAAAUCGCUGUUGUCAAAGAUAAUGUCCAGAGCCAAAGGGUCUUCUGUUGUAUCAAAUCCUGCUGCUCCGAAAUCAAGCUUCUUGAUGGCAACGAAGAACCGUUCAGAUCCACUGGUUAAUAACCCUGCACUAGAACGUUUCAAGGGUAUGAAAUUUUCCCAUUCUGAAGAAAUGAUGAAUAUAUUUCACAAAAAGUUUGGUUUGCACUAUUUUCGGACAAAUCAGCUGGAGGCCAUCAAUGCUGCUCUUCUGGGUGAAGAUUGCUUCAUCUUAAUGCCCACUGGUGGUGGUAAAAGCUUGUGCUACCAGUUACCAGCAUGUGUCUCUGCUGGAGUCACUAUUGUUAUCUCUCCACUGAGGUCGCUGAUAAUAGAUCAAGUACAGAAACUGAAGACUUUAGAUAUUGCUGCAACACAUCUGACUGGUGAUAGAACGGAUGCUGAUGCUUCAAAAAUAUACAUGCAAUUGUCAAAAAAGGAUCCUGUAAUAAAACUUCUGUAUGUUACCCCUGAGAAGAUUUGUGCAAGCAACCGACUGAUGUCAGCCCUGGAAAAUCUCUAUGACAGAAAACUCCUAGCGCGUUUUGUCAUUGAUGAGGCCCACUGUGUCAGCCAGUGGGGUCACGAUUUUCGACAAGACUACAAACGACUGAAUAUGCUCCGCAAGAAGUUCCACUCUGUUCCUAUGAUGGCUCUUACUGCCACUGCUAACCCCAGAGUACAGAAGGAUAUUCAGAAUCAGCUUGAGAUGCUAAAACCCCAAGUGUUUACAAUGAGCUUCAACAGGCAUAACUUGAAAUAUGAUGUAUUGCCCAAGAAGCCAAAGAAGGUGGCCAUGGAUUGCUUGGAAUGGAUUAAAAAAUAUCAUCCACAUGACUCUGGAAUAAUUUAUUGUCUUUCACGUCAUGAAUGUGACACAACAGCGGCUAUUCUGCAGAAGGAAGGUCUUGCUGCACUUGCCUAUCAUGCUGGCCUUGCUGACUCCAACAGAGAUCUUGUACAAAAGAAGUGGAUUAAUCAAGAAGGAUGCCAGGUUAUAUGUGCAACAAUUGCCUUUGGGAUGGGAAUUGAUAAACCUGACGUACGCUAUGUUAUCCAUGCUUCUCUUCCUAAAUCUAUAGAAGGUUACUAUCAAGAAUCUGGCAGAGCUGGACGAGAUGGUGAAAUGUCUCACUGUCUGCUCUUCUACAGCUACAGUGAUGUAACCAGAAUUAGAAGACUAAUACUAAUGGAGAAAGAUGGAAACAGUCACACAAGACAGACCCACUUUAACAACCUGUACAGUAUGGUUCACUACUGUGAGAAUGUAGUUGAUUGCCGGAGAAUUCAGCUUUUGGCCUACUUUGGGGAAACUGAUUUUAAUCCCACCUUCUGUAAAGAUCACCCAGAAGUAAUUUGUGAUAACUGCAGUAGAAAGAAGGAUUACAAAUCAAGAAAUGUAACAGAUGAAGUGAAGAGCAUUAUAAGAUUUGUACAACAGCACUGUGGACAAAUGGGACGAAUAAAUGCAAAGAGAAAUACAGGUUCUGGAAGAUACACGUUGAAUAUGAUGGUAGACAUUUUCUUGGGUACGACAAAUGCGAAGAUUCAGUCUGGAAUAUUUGGGAAGGGAGCUGCCUACUCAAGGCAUAAUGUUGAAAGACUGUUUAGAAAACUGGUCUUGGACAAGAUACUGGAUGAAGACUUGUAUAUCACAGCUAAUGACCAAGCGGUAGCAUAUAUAAUUCUAGGAGAGAAAGCUCAGGCUGUGCUAGAUGGAUUGCUACAGGUGGAGUUUCACGUAACAGAAAGUGCCAGUGCCAUCAGAAAGCAAAGGGCUUCCACAGCAAAAAUGUCACAGCGAGAAGAGAUGGUUAAAAAGUGCCUUGGGGAACUUACAGACACAUGCAAAAUGCUUGGGAAAGUCUUUGAUGUGCAUUACUUCAAUAUUUUCAGUACUUCAACUCUAAAGAAAAUAGCAGAAACCUUGUCAUCUGAUGCGGAGGUUUUACUGCAGAUUGAUGGUGUCACAGAAGACAAAUUGGAAAAAUAUGGUGCAGAAAUAAUUAAAGUGAUGGAUAAGUACUCUGGAUGGACCAAACCAGAAGAUGCCUGCCAAAGUGUGGAUACAGCUAUGGGAAGCACUGGCACACCUGAGAGUGAUGAAGAAGCAGAAGGUGUAGUUACAACCUCCAGCUAUUUUUGCAAUAAUGCAAACCAAAGAAGGAAAAGGAAAAGGCCACCAAACUUCAGAGAAUCAAAGAGGAAAAAGACAAGUAAUGGUGGUAACAAGCAGUUUCAUCCCAAAGGUGGUUACAGCAAGUACAGAAGGACCAAAAGGCCAUCUAGCUCAAAGGCUCCAGCUUCAUCUGGCUGCAGUUCAGCAUCGUACAGUGUUAGUGCCACACAAGGAGCUGCUGGAAAGCUGGGGAUUAUGGCACCACCGAAACCCAAAACCAGACAAUUCCUUCAGCCUUCAUAUUCGAUAUUCUAA